AGAACUUCCAUGAAUAGGUUAGAUUGGCCCAUCUACGUACAGAAUUUUGUGUAAGAUUGUAUAAAUAAUAUUAAAAUUUUACAUGUAAAUAUGAACGCGGAAGCAACAUCGCCUCAACCGGAGGCACAGGUGCAAGCAGAUAUGCUUAAACAAGAUAAUGGUGACCCCAAAGGCGAAUCAUGGGGUUAUGAUCUUUAUCCCGAGAGAAGAGGAACAUUUAAGCCAAAAUUGACUAACAUUUUAAUGGGAAAAGAAGGAAAAGAGAGUAUAGAAAAAUUUAAAUGCGAGAAAAAUGUUUAUCAUUGUGUGAAAAACAGUCCUAUUGUAAAAACAAUGAUGUCAGCUCUUAAAAGUUCUGGUUGCCCAGUUGAUAUUCGUAGACAUAUAUCAUGUGAAGUGUGUGAUUACUCAGUGAGUGGAGGGUAUGAUCCUCAACUGAAUCAGAUAGUUGUAUGCCAAAACGUGUCGACAAGAAAAGCAAUGGUACAAGGAGUUCUCACUCAUGAGAUGAUACACAUGUUCGACUAUUGUCGUAACCACUUGGACUUCAAGAAUAUGGAGCACUUGGCGUGUACGGAGAUCAGAGCAGCCAAUCUAACACAUUGUUCAUUCAUCAGUGCCUGGUCGCAGGGUGACGCUUCAUGGUUUAAAGUGAAAAAAGCUCAUGAGGAUUGUGUCAAAACAAAAGCCCUGUAUUCUGUGCUUGCAGUGAGGCAAAUUGGCAAACUAGAAGCAGUUGAGAUAAUUGAAAAAGUUUUUCCAAAAUGUUAUAAUGAUUUAGAGCCAAUUGGCAGAAGAAUUAGACGAAAUUCAGACGAUAUGAUGAGAGUUUACAGAGAUGCCUCAUAUUAUGGUUAUGUAUAAAAUAUAUAUUUUAAUUAGUCUAGUCAAUUAAAUUUAAAUCAUGUAGAUAUUAAAUAGUAUACUAUACUGGUUAGGAAACUAGAAUAGUAAGAGGAAAAAUAAAAGCAAUACUUAAUAAUUAAAAUAAUGUCUU